GGGGGACAAUGAAAACUACUGCACAAAAAACACCUUCAUGUGAGGCUGUGCGCGGUUGUGUUGUAAGGGCGGUAUGUUUCUGAAAUGUAGGUAGCUCUCGUUGUCACAACAGACAACAUGAUGUCCACCAGACUGGUGACACUGCUGAACUCACAUCCAGUAAGGAGAAUUGCACCACAGACCUGUUACUCCUAUCUGUCAAGUAUCCAGAAGGACAAGAAAGAUCACACUGCAGCUGGGUUUCCAUCAGGACUCUGUUUUUUCAAGAGAGACUUUUGGAAGCUGAGAGUGGGGUCACUGGCUGGCCAUGACUAUGGACUUUCGAGCAAAAGGUCUUUCAGCCUCACACCUGCUGGGAUAGUAAACGCAGCCCCAUCGUCUGUGCAGCCGUAUCUCCGGUUAAUGAGACUGGACAAACCCAUAGGCACAUGGCUACUGUACCUGCCGUGUACAUGGAGUAUUGGGCUGGCUGCAGACCCAGGCUGCCUCCCUGACUUGCGCAUGCUCGCACUGUUUGGCACUGGGGCUCUGCUGAUGAGAGGAGCCGGCUGCACCAUCAAUGACAUGUGGGACAAAGACUUUGACAAGAAGGUGUCCCGGACAGCCACGCGGCCCAUAGCUGCAGGUCAGAUCUCUCGCUUCCAGGCUCUGGUGUUUUUGGGGGGUCAACUGAGUCUAGCACUGGGGGUCCUGCUCUGUCUCAACUAUUACAGCAUAGCUCUUGGUGCUGCUUCGUUAUCCCUGGUUGUCAGCUACCCUCUAAUGAAGAGAAUAACAUACUGGCCUCAGCUUGUCUUAGGUCUUACCUUUAACUGGGGGGCUUUGCUUGGCUGGUCUGCUGUGAUGGGAUCUUGUGACUGGUCCAUCUGUCUACCACUGUAUUUCUCAGGCGUCAUGUGGACAUUGAUAUAUGACACUAUCUACGCCCAUCAAGACAAAGAUGAUGAUAUUAAGUUGGGCGUAAAGUCCACAGCCCUCAAAUUCCAGGAGCAGACAAAGCCAUGGCUUAGCGCCUUUUCUGUGGCUAUGCUGUCUGGACUGGUGCUAGCAGGGGUUAAUGCUGACCAGACCCUUCCUUACUAUGCAGCAGUUUCCACAGUGGCUGUUCAUUUAGCACAUCAGAUCUAUUCUUUGGACUUCAACAAGCCUGAUGACUGCUGGAAGAAAUUUGCCUCCAACCGUAACUUGGGACUUCUGUUAUUCUUGGGAAUAGUUGUUGGCAAUUUGUGGAAGAAGAGAAAUGACAGCCAGUAUGAAACACAUUUAAACUCUAUUCCUACAUAAAACAGUGUUUUUAUUACAUCAUAUAUAUUUU